GGGAAGGAUCACCAAGAUUCUACGCAGUACGAACUACAAACAGGUGUGGAGUCGAGAUUGCCUAGUACACAGGUAGCGGGUGGGUGGUAACCUCUCGAUGAAAAUGAAGCAACAACAAACACAACCAUCACUCCAACAACUCACGCUUUUGCUUCAAUCCUUCUCUACGUACACUCCAAAAUACAAUACAAACUCAGUCAUCAAAUUCACACUCUUUAAAGAUUGAUACGACGCCUCCGACUCAUCUGCGAAAGGUCCAGAAAGCAAUCAAUCACUCAUUCACUUCGUCUUCGGAACAUGGAGUAUGCCAAUCCUUCCCAACGUUGAAUCGUACACCAUUUCCACUCGUACACAAUUCGAAUCAGCAAUCAAACCCCAGCGUCCUAUUAUUGCCAAUCACUUGGUUGAUUUCUUUACAACAACAAUAUUCACAUACGGGCCUCUUGGGAAGCACCACGAAUCCAUCCUUCAUCAUGAAUAAAUUCGGCGGCAGAAAGGAUAAAGACAAGGAGACUUCACACAAACGGGAUAAAUCAAGAGACAACAAGUCGGCCGAGAAGUCUAAUGAGAAGAAGAGUCGAUCAGUUUCCGACAUUUUUACCUCGUUAUUUGUUCAUAUUAGAAAUUCGAAGUCGGAGAAGGAACAAGAUGAAGACCAGGAAAAGAUUUCACGGAUCAGAAGCUUAUUGGAAUCAGAUGGACACAAUGAUGUGAAAGAUGAUCAAAUUCUGUUUUGUCUGAAUUCAAUUUAUGCCAAUGGAAAUGUCGAGAAAGCACAUCAAAUCUUGCUUGUGUUCCACAAUUCGCUCUCUGGAGUCAUAUAUCCGUAUGAUCCAAAAAUAACAAUGCUCGGGGCACAGAAUUCUCGUGGAGUUACUUGUUGGCUGGACUCUUUUCUGGCUUCAUUGUUUACGGUCCCUACUCAAUUCCAAGAACUACUCAACAACUUCUACGAAGAUCCUCUCAAACAAAACCUGAUCCAAUUAAUUCGCUUAUGGGUGAACCUUAUGAGAUCAGGCAUUUUGAUCGAAGUUAACAUCACCGAACGUAUACUAGAUAGUUUGAUCGAAUGCGGCUGGGACGACUUGGAUAAAACUAAAGAACAAGACCCGACUGAGGCACACAUGAAGAUUGGAGAUAUACUCGAUUGGCCAAUGCUUGACUUGAGAGUCGAUUAUGAACAUGGUGGUAUCCGCGAAAAGGAUGAUCAUAGAACCUCAAAAGAGCGAACGCUUCCAAUCUCAAUUUCAACCGAUCAUGAGGGGCCAGGUCGUUUACGACUCGAAGAAUGUAUAGAACGGUCCUUGUUGUCUUUAGUCAAGAUUCAAAGACGCGUCGAACCCGACGAUGAUGACGAAAAACCAGUUCCAGAGCAUGUGGAGACCAUAGAAGCCGAACCUAAUACUGACAAAGAGCCAACCUCGGAACAUGUCGAGAACACGGAAGCCGAACCGGAUACUGCACCUCCAAGCCACAUCGAGAUGAUUGGCCAGUCAUCUUCCCAAAAUUAUCUCACUCGGGAGGUCACACGUGACGGAGGGUCACUAAACCGUACGACGAGUCGCAAUUCUACGCGUAAAGAAAGAGAAGUCGACGCGUUCAUAUUAUCUAAGCUGAUUCGUCCGUCCAGUAGUUGGUCUCCAAUUUCUUGCCAUUUAAAUUCAAAUAUUGCUCCACUUAAGACUGUACCUGUACUAAUUGGUGAUAUAGUUUGGUUUUCCAAACCUGCUCCAGAAAAUAAUCGAGAAUUCGUUGAACGGAUCAAACAAAACCAUAAUCCAAUGCUAGGAUUUGAUCUGAAAAGAUAUCACAAUGUGGAGGGACCAGACGGCAAAGAAAUUCUAAAAAAGAACAACACCCAUGUUGAUAUCCCAAAGAAAAUGAAACUACCACCACACUUGGUCCAUGAGUAUGAAGGAUCAAACGAGAUAGCAAUCUCGGAUUGUUUCGAACUUGUACUUCGAUCGAUGAUUUGCCACGAAGGAUCGCUCGAAAGCGGACAUUAUAGAUCGCUAAUUCGCUUAGAUGUGGAGACCGGUGGCGACUCGAAUUCUGUACAACCAAAAGAUGGCCAACAUCCACCAGCUUAUGUUGAUGACUGCUGGAUAGUCCACGACGACAUGGCAAAGGGCGGAAGAGUAGCCAGUGUAGAUAUUGAUGCAGCUUUGAAGCAUGACAGCAAGUACGGAAUGCCAGUAACCUUGUGGUAUGAAUUUGUUCCGAUUCUAGCGAACCUCUCCCCAGAGGAUUUGGCAAGGUUCUCCGAUAACACAACACCUCCAUCGUACACAUAUUCUUCUGUUCCAAGUAUAGAUGUGCAAAUUUCGAAGGCAAGUCCAGAUUUAAACAAUGGCAGCGGCGACGAUGAAGGAUAUUUUACCCCACCACCGAACGAUCGUUCAAACUCUGUUGUCAGAUUUUCAUCUGAAAUUGAUCGAUCCCGUAGAAGUCUCAAUCUUCCCGACGAUGACAGAAGAGGAAGUGUUGCGGCCACGGAUGCGAGUAGUGUUAGUGUUGAGAAAUCAGAUAAUGACUCAGCUCCUGCUACGCCGGGUGAGGAGCCAGUUAGUGCCAGAACUUCAAGAACAUUUCGGAGAAGUAAGGCAUCACGAAGUCGACCACAAAGUUCCUCGAAUGAAAAAAGCGAAAAAAGCGAAAAUCGCAGGUCAUACUUCAAAGACUUGAUAACAAGGGCAAGCAAAGAGUCUCUACAAAAGCCAGAUACGAGCAAAGAAUCUAUACCUGCUGUGCCUGCUCUACCUGGUCUAGGAUUAGAUGGUCCUCCCGACUCUAGUGUCAAUGGAGAUCUCGCAAAACCUGUUGAAGCAAGUGGUGGAGUAUCCCGCAAAGGCAGCAAGAAGGGUAAAAGGCGAAGUAAAGAAGCUACGGACAUAGAUGCUAAAGAUAAGGACAAAAACUCAGAUCAUUCGGAUAGAGUUUGUAAUAUUAUGUGAAAAGAGUUGAGUAGAGGCAUUCUCAAGGCGUCUGGAUAUACUGAGGAUGUUCGAUAAUUUUGGAGGUCACCUACAUUAUGGUCGAUUCUCAUACAUUGGUGAUGGCGUUUGAGAGGUAAGUUCUGAUACCAGUCAUUAUAGUUAUGGUUUGGGAAUGUGGAUAUGGACAUGGGCUUCGGUUUUCAAACGGGGUUACGGUCAUGAUUAGUGAGGAAAUAUAAGAGAAUUUGGCAACCUGCUAUGGGAUGCGAUUUCUAAGAGGGCCGAAUCAGAUUAUAUUAUCUAUCACAAUCAGAGCAUAAAUUAAAAGCACAAUGUGCAUAGAUUUUAGGGCGUGGGAGAUCAGUAUCAAUGGCCGGAUUCGUAGUAGGGAGAGCUAUUCUAUUGCGUGCUUAUAGAAUUCAACCUCAUUGUGGGAAAGGGACCAGAGGGCAAGAUGGAAUUAUAGAUAGGGACAGGGUUGGGUAUAGAACUUUGGGGCUAAGUAUAUAAAAAUGAUACAGCAUUACACAAUAGUAUUUCUGGACA